AUGUCAGCUAGUUCAUCAACGACUAAUCUAACAGAAGAAGUUCUAUCAUUUUGCAAUGAAGAAUUUUAUAAUUUAGUGAAAAAACAAUGUGGUGAUAUAGUACUUGAUAUAAUGAUAACUCAAGAUAUCUCGUCAGUUGAAUGCCUUUUGGAGAUCGACAACAUCUUUAAUUUCUUAAAACUUAAUUCAGACGAUCUUAUUCAACUGAAGAAAAAGGCAGGAAUUUAUCUUAAUGAUGGUCGGUAUAUGAUAAAGGAAGGAAUAAUUUACAAGGUUGAGACUUUUCUUCGAACUCUACGUAUUCUUAAUCAACAACGUUUAACUACUGACCACCAUCAUAAAUCUGAUUUUUUUCCUGACGUACUUAUUCCUAAUGAUGUCUUACAAAAGUUUCCGUUCAUUCGUACAAUCAUUACCUAUUCAAAAUUUAUUAGCACCAGCAAAACUGAUUUCACAUUUUUAAAUAUCAUGUUAAACAACAUGUUCAACAAUCUAAUUAGUGACGAACGAGGCUACCGCUAUGACAAUAUUAUUCGUCAAUUUGCAGCUAGUAUUUACAUUCUUGGAGGUCGUAGCACAUAUAACUUUUUACGUUUAAAUAUACCUGCACUUCUUCCAAGUGUACAGAUUAUUCAAUCAUAUAUUGCUGCAUCAGAAAGUAACUUAACUGAAGGAUUAUUCAAUUACAAUCGUAUUUGUAAUUAUUUUAGUUCAAAUCAAGUAACUUUAGGUUUUUGUGCUGAAGAUUGCACCGCUAUAAUACCGAAAAUAACAUAUAAUACUUCUUCUAAUUCAUUCGUUGGGUUUUCUCGACCAAUCGAUGUUUGUGGUAUACCAGUUGCUGAAUCAUUCUCGACUGAAUCAUUUACACGUUUUGAACAUAUAUA